AAAAGAUCCUCUGUAUAGCAGAACCACUCUAUUCUGUAUCACUAUCCUCUGAUUUAAAGACACUCCUCUAUAUAAACUGUAGUAAUGGCUGACCCAUGCAUGUAGGUGUCUAUCUUGACUGAUGCAGACAAUAAAAGAGACCCAGAGGAAUGCUAUCCAGAUACACAAAGCCAAUCCGGACAACCUCUAUGUGUCUGCCUCUUAUGUUGGCAAAGGAACUUACCUCAAGCGUAUCCGAUACCACGGGAAGGGUCAGUCAGGGAAAAUGUACAAGUAUUAUUCUCAUUAUUUCCUGAAGCUACGGGAGGGACCUCCACCUGUUAAGAAGAAGAAGAGUAAAGAGGCCCAGGGUUGCUAUGCUACAAGGAGACUUAUACAGAGAGGACCCAUUACUAUACCUAACUGCCUUUGAUUGGAUUCAUAGCAUUCCCUCAUAGUCAUUUAUUGUACCUAUUGGAUAUCUCUGAUCAUAGAUAUUAGAGUAAAUGAA